AUGCUGGACCGAGCCCACCGCGGCCUGCAGCGACCGGCCCAAAAUGGAGACCCUCCCAGAGUGAUCGUGGUAAAAUUUCAUUACUUCCAGGAGAGAGCAGAAGUGUUUAAAACAGCCGCAAACUCGUCGCCACUGAAACUACAGGGUCGGAGAAUAAGCAUUUUCCCUGACUACACGGCUGAUGUGGCCAAAAAGAGAGCUGCUUUCAAUGAGGCCAAGCAACUGCUCCGUAGCUGUGCUGGUGUCAAGUUCGGGGUUCUGUUCCCAGCGGUCCUACGAGUCACUUCAGCAACAGGGCAAGACAACCGGUUCACCGACCCAUCGACGACAAUUGACUUUAUCAAGAAUAACUUACAGCCAUAA